AUGGUGUAUACGAUAGGCUCCCUGUUAAUUCUAGCCGGAUUUUCUACGGCAUUUCGGUUAGGGAGCCGAGAUUUAUGUACGAUCAAUUUUUGGAGUAGUAACAAUCCUCUAACUCGGGGUGUGCAAACAAAGAAUUCGACCUGCACCUCUGGUAGUAUACUAUGGAAUUAUCCAGAGGGACGUAUUCGAGUACAUUUCUCUGACGUCCCGGAUCAACUCUGUAUCACACGUGGUAUAGCUGCCGAGGAUGACGUCAUCACAAAUGUUUAUUACGAAGAUGGAGAAAUAGCCCGGGACCUUCAAUUCAACGCCGAUGGUAGAUCCUGCUUCAAUCCCACCGGUAUGGAAACAUCAGUAGUGUUUGAGGGGCCUACAAGAAUGCGCACGUACAUGGCAUCAUUUGCGUACGAGUUGAUCAUGACCUCAAGUGACCUCGGUUUAGUGGACAGAAUGCAGUCUAUGUUAAACAAUUUUAUUCACACAGCAAUUCGUCCAUUUGGCAAUCUUCUACGAAAAUGGAAUAUCCAAAUAAACAUUGAUCAAAUGUAAAAUUUGAGAUGAUAAAAGAAACUGUUCCCUUGGUUGAAACCGUUAAUAAUACUAAUGAUUUAU